GGCACUCUCUGCCAUUUAAUGGAAGCCAAUGAUGUGUGGUUCUCCUUUAAGUCUGGAUGAGAUUGAAAAACGAUAAGGAGGCUAUUAAAGACCUUCCUCCAAGAGGGAGAAACCCCAUUUCCCCUUGGCUUCUUGGCCACCAGUAGCAGCAGCCUUGCCGACCCCGCACGGCUGUAUUUAUAGAGCACUGCGGAUGAGUCAUUUGGCCGAGUGCCCACUCUUCGUUCACCAGAUUUACAGGUCCCCACACUGGGGAGGGCUGCUUGAUUUACUAUGCCCCCCUCCUCCCUCCUUCCACUACACCACCAGCUCCCACUCCACCCCUCUCACUUCCUUCAGAGGCAAGCAGACACAUCAUCUUGCCUUCGGUUCGCUGCCUGACUCUGUCUCAUUCGACCGCUCGCUCCUACACUUUUUUCUUGUGCUUGUUAGAAAUAUGUUUCCUCUGCUCUUUCAGCUCCUUUGGCAGAAGUAGGCUGUAUGUAGAGGAAAGGCCUCCUGAGAGGCAGACAGACUUGCCUUAGCCUGACCUUGCCUAAGUGCUGCUGAUCGGUGUGUCACACUGACCUGCCUUUGACUUAGCAAAAUGAAGUUUUAGGCGAAAAAGUUAUAUGAGGUGGGGGAAAGCGCGAAGCAAAGGAAGGAGGGGGAGAGCAGGGAGGACAGUGAGAGCAGUGGAGGGUUUAACAGAAACAGAAGGAGAUAAAUCUAUCUGUGGCACAGAACAAGAACAGAUGAAGAAGUGGCACUGGGGGGCCGGCGGUCAGCAGCGACAGCGUGGCUCUUGCUCUCACAACCUCCACCUGAGAAGGGGGCACAACUUCCUCUGCACCCCAUGGAUCUUAACUCCAACCCAGGGGGAGACAGAGAGCGGAUGACAGCCAACCAUGAGACCUACCUCCUUAUGGCCAGUACCCAGAAUGACAUGGAGGAUUGGGUGAAGACGAUUCGCAGGGUCAUCUGGGCUCCUUUUGGCGGAGGGAUCUUUGGUCAGAAGCUGGAGGAAACUGUGCGGUACGAACGCCGGUUUGGGAACAAGCUCGCCCCGAUGCUGGUCGAACAGUGUGUGGAUUUCAUUCGGCAACGGGGCCUCCGGGAGGAGGGUCUAUUCAGGCUGCCAGGACAGGCCAACCUGGUCAAAGAACUGCAGGAUGCCUUCGAUUGCGGAGAAAAACCCUCAUUCGAUUGUAACACAGACGUGCAUACAGUCGCCUCUCUUCUGAAGCUGUAUCUCAGAGAGCUGCCGGAGCCUGUCGUCCCCUUCAACAAGUACGAUGAGUUCCUGGCCUGCGCCAAGCUUCUCAGCAAAGAUGAUGAAAUGGGUUUGAAGGAGUUGAGAAGGCUCGUUGAAUGUCUACCUCCAGUGAACUACAACCUUCUCAAGUACAUCUGCAGAUUUCUAGAUGAAGUCCAGUCAUAUUCAGGAGUGAAUAAAAUGAGCGUCCAAAACUUGGCCACAGUCUUUGGGCCAAAUAUCCUGAGGCCGAAGGUUGAGGAUCCAGUAACUAUUAUGGAAGGUACUGUUCUGGUCCAGCAGCUCAUGGCUGUUUUGAUUGGCCGCCAUGACGUGCUGUUCCCGCGGGAUGAGGACAGCCCCGCCGCCCUUGAGCUUGUCAACAACAACAACAUCGAACUUCAACGGCAACAAGCCAUUACAACUACCUCCAUCACUGCAGUGUCUCAGAACGCCGAGAACAACAACACACAGGUGGUUCGGCAGUGUGUUUGGGAAGCACCUGAAUCUCCUUCGCACCGCCAACAUGCAGACAACAGUGGCUCCCCGCGAUCAGCGAGCCCUCGUAAUGGUGUCACUGGGCGCUUUGACGUCGCCCGCAGCCCACCGCUGACUGUUAAAAAGAACCCAGCUUUCAGUAAAGGCAGUGGGAUUGUCACAAAUGGCUCCUUCAGUUCCUCACCCUCUUCAGACCCCAGUCAAGAAAAGAUCCAGGCCUUGACUGGAGGCGGGAGUUUAGCAGUGCGCCGCAGCGGGACGCUGAAAGGUUCCGGCACGAAAAUGGGCACCAGUGGAGUGACGGGUGGAAGCAGCACUGGAGGCAACGGGACUGGAGUUGUGCGCUUGGGCAUUUCUGGCACUGAUGUGAUCACAGGGAGUCUGAACAGCCGCGGUGGUCUUUGGGUACCAAAUGGCUGCGUCACUUUACGCGAGAACAGCAAAACGCGUGACUGUUCCAAUGGGGACCAAAUAACAAAUCAGAAUCGUCUGUCCACCUAUGACAAUGUCCAGUUAAACCAUCACAACCUGCAACAGCAGAACCAGAUCACCAACACGUGCCUGAACAGCAGCUGUGAGGACAAGCAGAGUGUCGAUAGCGCCACCUGGUCCACUUCCUCCUGUGAAAUCUCUCUUCCUGACAACUCCACUUCCUGUCGCUCCUCCACCACUACCUGCCCCGAGCAGGACUUCUACGGAGGUCACUACGAAGACCUGGAUGGACCAACACAGGAUAACGAGCUUCGACAAUCUGGUGGAGGAGAUGUGGAGGGCAAGGACAGCAACAGAGAAGGAAGUGGCGAUGGAGCAGGAAGGAGCGGUCGGGCCACCAGCAGUAGUGAUAAUAGCGAUGGUUUUGCUGGUGGUAAUGGACCCGGCACUCACAGUGCUCUGCACAGUUUAGUGGCCAGUCUUAAACAGGAGAUGCACAAGCAGAAGACCGAGUAUGAGGCCAGGAUAAAGAGCUUGGAGCAGCGUAACCUGGAACUGGAGACAGAAAUGGUGAGCCUCCAUGAAGAGCUGGACCAGGAGAGGAAGAAGUACACCAUGGCAGAGAUCAAACUGCGCAACGCUGAGCGUGCCAAGGACGAUGCUGAGAGGCGAAAUCAGAUGCUGCAGAAGGAGAUGGAACAGUUUUUCUCCACGUUCAGUGACCUGACUGCAGCUGGCACCAGCACAGCCACGGACCCUCGCCGACCAGAUCGUAACAACCCCAUCUGGAUUCAGUGAAUGAAGGCGGAGAAUGUGGGCCGAAAUGCUCGUAUAGACUGGAAUAAAGUUUAUUAUGUGCGAACAUUACGAGGGCUCCAAACAGGACUUGGCUGCUGGUUGUCGAGGACAAGUUUGGAGUUACAACGCAAAGGUCAAUGGCAUGUUUUAAUUUAAUGAAUAGGAGGUAUAAAGCUAGUGCUACCUGCCUGUAUAAAUGUAGACAUCACCUGGAGUGAUACCAUACUGAUACUGUACAUACAGAAUUAUUUAAACUGUUAACAGACACUUAGAAACUGUGGCAGUCAUCACUCAUCUUACUGGCAAGUGGAGUAAAGGCACAGUACACAGCAGUCUAUGAUGAUGCACAGUAUGAAUAUUGUACUUCAGCUCCUAGAGCCAUAUAGGAGAAAACACAAAACAGCAAAACAUAAACAAAAACAUCUUGUUGUUCCAUCUGUGUCUGCUCAUGUACAUAGAAACCAUGCAGAAAAACAAUGUCAUGUGUAUGUAAAAAUAAAUUAAAUACUUAAAUGUUUAUCUGAUAUUUAAGCAAAGUUAUGAAUGUGUGAUAUUUUAUAUUAAGACUUUUCCUUGCACUUACAUGUUUGUUUUAGUCUCUGCAAGGUGGUACUGAAUGUUCUGUCAGUCCGUCUGUGUACCAUUUAAAUUGGAGGACAAUAUACUGUGUAUGUGCCCGUGCUUCUUUGCUGUUUCCUUUUCCCCAUGACCAAAAAAAGAGCCUGUACUGUAAAUAUUUUAUAGAUUAUCGUAGACACUACUUGUUAGUCUGCACUGUGGUUUGACGCAUAUUCAGAUGGAUGGCACGUAUUAAGUUGAUGCUGAUUGAAGAAUGUUUUGUGGCUUGUAAAAAUGAAAUUUGAGACUUGCACGAUGGGUCAUGGGCAUAAAUCCCAGUUAAAAUAAAA